UGAUCAUUUACGAUUUGCUUGUAUGUUCUAGAUUGGUAUUUUUUGUAUGAAUAAUUUGUAUGAGAAAAUUGAUGUUAAACUUUUAUUUUGAAAGAAAUUUGUUAUUGUAAAUUUUUUACCACAAAAACCCACGGGUACCCAUGAACCCGCGAAUACCCAGCGGGUUGGGUUGGGUUUGAGUUUUUCAAACCCAACGGGUUUUACCCCGAAUUUUUUUGACGGAUAAACCCAUAGGUUUGGGUUUGACAAAACCCGCCCCAACCCGACCCAUUGCCAUCCCUACUACAUGUGACUGUCAUUUCAUUCCGUUCAUUGAGAUAGUGAGUAAAUUUAUUUAACUCAAUAAAAAAGUUAAAUUUAUGGUUCAAGAAGAGUUGGGCCUGCCCUGAGGCCUGAAGUGUGAAGCCCAAACCUUCCCUUCAUCAGUCAUCGCCCAAAAUUUAUGAUCUUUCUGUCCUGUGUUUCCCCAAUCUCUCGUCGUCUUCUUCUUCUUCUUCCCGUUUAUAUCGGAAGAUUGAGAUCGCAGAUCUAGCUGUAUCCCACUAAUGGAGAACCGGAAAUCGGGCGUAUCGCCGGCGGAGGCAGUCUUACUGGGCGCUCUCGCUCCUGGAGUUAACGCGCCUACAUGGAACACCCUGAAAUCGGCGUUCGUCUUACUGGGUGCUUGUCUCGCUGUGAUGCUCGGCCUAGCUUUCUCAUCGAGCGACUUGGCUUUGGUGCUUCACGUUGGGUUCCUCGUUCUAAUCACGGCUACGCUCUUCUUUCUUCUCAGCUGGUUUCUCUCUCAGACUGGUCUGGUCUCUAUCGAACACCAAAUGCAAGAUUUGGACCUUGUGCCAAAGGAUCGAAAAGACGAGUAAAGCAAAGCACAUGAAAGUUUAACGUCUUAUGGUGACCAGACCGUUCUCAGUCAGAAUGAACGCUUGUCCUCCGUGUUCCAUUUUGAUUGAAUUGGAAGAGACGGUUACAACUAUCCAUUGCUACUUAAAUUGACGCGGAAAGAACAUAGAAGAAAAGAUGAAGCGAACCGGCAUUGGCUCCCCAGGCGAGGUGGAGUUGCAUCAUCGUGCCGUCAAGUCACUCUCCCCUUUUCUUGCUCUCCUUAUUGUCGUGCUUUCUUUUCUUGGCCUUGAGGAAGCAGAAACAUGAACAGCAGGGGAAAUUGAACAGGAGCUUCAUCUCUUUUCCCACGUUCUGGUGGCUGGCUGGCUGGCUCUGAAUGUUUUGAGGAGGGAAAAGCCGUUAAAGUGUGUGUUUUUAUAGACCUGGUUCUGCAUUGUGUGUACAUUUAGUCUUUCGUGACCAGGUUUUCUGGGAUGCUAUGUUGAGAUUCCUUUCACUUGUACAGAUAGAUAGAUGGGUGGAUGCCCAACUGGUGCAAUUCUUUGCUUCUGAUUGAGGAUAACUGAACACAAGGUUGAAUUAAUCACGUUUUUGUGGUAGCUUCCUCCUGGGAAAUGAUUUCUAUGCCCGUUUGGGCUAAGCAUAGGCUAGGAUUAACACAUGGAUUAUAUAAUUUGUUUGAAAGUAUGCAGGAAAUGGUAACACGAGGAUGAGUCAGUAUGCUUGAAAUGGUAAGUGGUAACACGAGGAUGGACUCGGUAACAUUGUAGCCAUGGUUUUUGGUAGGGCUAGCAAUUUGGUCCAGAACUAUUUGGUUUUACCCGAAAUAGGACCGUAUAACCCGGACCGGGAUCGGAUUGGGACCGGAUAGCAAACAAUCCAAUUUCAUAUUCGGGCUUAAAUUUGAGGUAAAAACCCCGGAUAAAAACCGGAUAAGAGACCCCAACACUCAAAUCCCCACAAGCUCAAUCUAAAAUCAAAAUCAAAUUGGGACCGGACCGGGUCAAGACCGGACCGGAUCAAAACCGGAGUGUAUUCCAAUCCAAUCUUUGAUCCUUAUAUUCCCGAAAAGACCGAACUGGGACCAGAUCAAUUUGGUCCAAUUUAACCGGACCGGACCGUAUAGCCACCUCUAAUUUUUGGUACUGUAUCAUUCUGACGGUCGAACCACAAAAACCACAUAAUGUCAGCAAGGUUGGUAUACUAGUGAUGGAUCUAGGAAAUUUAUAUAGGGAUAUCCCCUAAAAAGAUAGAAAAAUUAGAAAAUUAUUAAAAUAUUCUUAAAUAAGAAAAUAUUAUUCUAGUAUAAAUUAUAACAAAAAAUCAUCAUGUUGUGAAAAGGUUGUAAAUACACUCAUUGCCUAUUAGAUUUUGAAACUUGUUUUUCAUCUAUUAAAAUGGUGGGGAAGGGUAGCUCGUAAACAGAUUGCGGUUAAUUGGUAGGUAAAAUUCAUAUUAUUUGUGAAAAUGAGAAUAUGUAUAUUUUUAGUACAACAAAUAAUCUGUUGUAGUCUAAAUGAGAAUAUGUUUAUUGAUAACAAUAGUGCAACAGAUUCAUAUGACAUAAACUACCCCUAACUUUUUUUCUCACAAUCAAACUACUACCCAAAGAUCAAUAAUCGUUUUCGCAAAUU